UCGCCACGUAUCGAAGCAGGAUGACGAGGUGGCCGACCUGCACGACACCGAUGCCCUUGCCAGAAGGCAACCGCAUGCCUCGAUAGACACUGGAACUACCCCUCUCUCCUCGACCGAACCGCAAGACGAGCAAGCACUGUUUCGUGAUCCAACCAUGGCUGUAUCAGUAGACUUUGAAUCCCAGCAUGGAUUCAAACAAGCUGCCGGCAAGAAGGCGAAGAAAGCGGCCAAGCAAGCAGCGAAGAUGAAGUGGGGCGACGAAGAAGACGGAGAUGGCAACAAGGACGGCGGUGAAGGCGACAAGAAUGGGGAUAAUGCUGGAGACAAUGCUGGGGACAACACUGGGGACAAAGGCGGUGAUGCGGGGGGAGGUGACGAUGGCGAUAAGAAAGACGAGCCAAACGGAGAUGCAGCCAACGAACCGACUCCCGAGGAUGAUUGGAACAGCUUUGUGCCUCCAAAGUCAAAGAAAAAGGGCAAGAAGAAUAAGGCAGAGGAACCCGUACCUGCAGCUUCCCCGCCUAAAGACGAGAAGUUCGAGGCAUUCCACGACAUCAAACUGGAUGAUACCGGCCCUACGCUAGACCUUAGUUUCGACACACCUGCUACGGAUUCGAAGACUACUAGUGGUUUUGGCACAUGGGGCAGCAGUUGGAAUACUGGAGCAACGAACUGGGAUUUCUCUGCCACAAAUGCAACGGCCGAUCCUGCGACAGAUACCAAGAAUGACGCUGAAAUUGAUAACCCUUGGAGUAUCAAUCGCGGAAAGCCAAAGAAGAACAAAAAUGGAUUCGGUUUGGGGUCUACCGAAGAGGAGGAACCGCUGAAGGAUCCAGAUCCGCCAGAAGAGAAGAAGGAUAAUGACACCAUGGAUUUUGGUUUUACUUCACUGUCUAAGAAAGACAAAAAGAAGAAAAAGGGAGGUCUUGCUGAUAUACUGGACGUGCCUAAAGAGGAGCCCGCUCCGGCGGCUGAAGAACCUGCGGAAGAUGAUUGGGGAGGCUGGGGAACUGCCAAAUCGAAGAAGAAGGGGAAACAGGAUAAGGAGCCCGAGCCUGCCAAGGUAGAAGAAGCAGUGCCCGCGGAGGAUCCAUGGUCUUUUGGCACUUCCAAGAAGGACAAGAAAAAGAAGGGCAAGAAUGCCAUUAUUGAGGAAGUCCCAAAAGUCGAAGAAAAAGCUCCAGAUCCCGAACCGGAGCCAGAACCAAUAGCCGACGACGGCUGGGGCACCUUUGGUACUUCUAAGAAGGACAAGAAGAAGAAAGGCAAGAAUGCCAUUAUUGAGGAAGCCCCCAAAGUCGAGGAAAAGGCCCCAGAUCCCGAACCCGAGCCCGAGCCAGAACCAGCAGCGGACGAUGGCUGGGGAUCCUUUGGCACUUCUAAGAAAGACAAGAAAAAGAAGGGCAAGAACGCUAUCGAAGAGGUUCCAAAGGUCGAAGAAAAAGCCCCAGAACCUGAACCCGAGCCAGAGCCAGCAGCCGAUGAUGGCUGGGGAUCCUUUAGCACUUCUAAAAAGGACAAGAAAAAGAAGGGCAAGAAUGCUGUCGUUGAAGAAGCCCCAAAAGUUGAGGAAAAGGCUCCAGAGCCUGAACCUAAGGCAGAAGAACCAGCACCCGCCGACGAUCUAUGGUCAUUUGGCACUUCUAAGAAAGACAAGAAAAAGAAGGGCAAGAAUGCUAUUGAAGAAGUCCCAAAAGUCGAAGAAAAAGCUCCAGACCCUGAACCUGAGCCAGAAGCAGCGGCCGACGAUCUAGGGUGGGGAUCUUUUGGCACCUCUAAAAAGGACAAGAAGAAGAAGGGCAAAAUCGCCGAGGUCGAGGAGCCUCCUAAGGUCGAGGAGAAGGUUGAAGAUCCUGAGCCUGAGGUAGCAGCGGCUACUGAUGACUUUGGCUGGGGCUCAAUCAGUACAUCGAAGAAGGAUAAGAAGAAAAAAGGCAAGAAUGCGGUGGAGGAAACACCCAAGGUGGAAGAGAAGGCCGCAGAUCCUGAACCAGAGGCACCUGCUGACGAUUUUGGUUGGGGCCUUACUACCAAAAAGGAUAAGAAAAAGAAGGGAAAGACAGCUGCCGAAGAGCCUCCAAAGGCCCCGGAACCCGAUCCGAUCCCGGAACCCGAUCCCGAUCCCGAGCCAGCACCCGUUGAGGAUGAUAUCUGGGGAGCUGUCUCAACAAAGAAGGACAAGAAGAAGAAAGGAAAGGGGACCACCGAGGAAACGCCAAAGGCAGAAGAACCUCCAAAGGCCCCUGAUCCGGUCGAAGAUGAUAUGGGUUGGGGCUCAGGUUGGGGUAAGAAAGAUAAGAAAAAGGCUGGAAAAGCCGCCAAGGAUGCCUCUCCUCCGCCCGAACCAGCCCCAAUCGCCGAAGUGCUUGAGCCAGCCGAGAAUGACGAUUGGAUGAACUGGGGCCAAAAGAAAGACAAGAAGAAGGGCAAGACAAGCUCGACUUCAAAAGCUCUGGUAGAGGUCAAAACUGAAGACCCCGAACCUUCCCCGCCAACUCCACCACCUGCUGUUCCCGAAGUUGGUGACGACGAAUUCUUUGAUUCCUGGGGCACUUCGAAAAACGACAAGAAGAAGAAGGGCAAAACUUCACUGGAUGUGGAUGCAAAUGAUUCGAUCAAACCUGAUGCCAUUGAGGAGCCCAAGGCCGACGAUAUCUGGGGAACUGCCUCAACAAAGAAGGAUAAGAAAAAGAAAGGCAAGAACAUGCCGAUUGAAGUUGUCGACGAACCUCCACCGCCUGAUCCUGAUCCCGUCCAAGAGACAAAAGCCGUAGAAGACGAGUGGGGAUCGUGGGGUACCGCGAGCAAGAAGGAUAAGAAAGGGAAAGCCAGCAAAGGCGUCGAAGCACCUCCCCCGGCACCAACACCUCCAGCCAUGGACCUCACAGAGCCCGAGAUCGACCCUUGGGACAUGGGGACCACAGCCAAGAAGACGAAGUCCAAGGAGAAAGAAGUUGCAACCCCGGCUCCCAAGCUCAGUAAGAAGGAGCAGGAAAAGGCGGACAAACUGGCCGAAAAAGCGAGAAAGAAGGCUGAAAAGGAAGAGGCUGAAUUAAAGGCAGCCGAAGCCAAAGAAGCUGAGGAGAAGGCAAAAGAGGCUGAGGAGCAGGCCAAAGCAGAGGCUGAGGCAAAAGCUGAGGAGGCAGCCAAGAGUGCUCCGAAACUAUCGAAAAAGCAACAAAAAGAGGCCGAUAAAGCUGCUGCCAAGAAGAAGAAAGAAGAUGAGGAAGAGGCGGCUGCAAUUGCGCUCCUCGCUGAAAUCGAGGCCAAGGAGCUCGAAGAUCAGAAGGCCAAAGAAAAGGAGCUUCUUGAGGCAGCCAAGGCGACCAGGAAAGACGCCAAACUCAGCAAAACCGAUAAUAAGAGCAGUAAAAAGUCUAAGGACAAAGAUAAGGACGAGGCAGAGCCAAUGAGAGACUUGGCCAAAGAGCAGCCCGUCGUCGCUGACAAGAGCGAAGCCUUCAGUUUCUGGGGAGCGACCAAAAAGUCGACUAGCAAAGUUGCCGAGGCGUCCAAGAAGGAUAGUCGCGACGCGACUGCGAUUGCUGACAAAGCAGACCUUCCAGAAACACCCGUCCAAGACAAUGACACGACAACAACUUCGAAAUCAGCAUCAAAUCCGCCGAAAGCAUCGGGCGUGACGAAGAAAGCAGUUGGAGGAAAGAUUGCUGAUAGAUUGAAAGCCUUCGAGCCGCCGAAGGAAGUUGCCGAGCCCCUGCCGCCCCCAACACCACCGAAGGAGGAGGAGAAACAGAAAUCCAGCUCCAAAUCGCAGAACGCGUACUCCAGUUCGAAGAAGGCCAAAGAGAUUGUUGCGGAAGAACCUCCGUCGCCAGCGAAAUCAGUAUCUAACGACGUACCUGGCAGCUUCCCUGUUGACACCUUUGAUGAAGAUAUAGUGGACAUUGUAGAUAUGGCUGCUGUUGACAAAAAAUCUAGUAAGAAGAGCAAAUCGGCAAGUAAAGACAAGGAAGCGCCGAAGAAAAAGGAAGAGCAAAAGAAAAGCGAAGAGCCAGAAGAACAGUCCGAGCCUGCUGCUCUACCCACGCCUCCCCCAGAAUCCAAACCGUCAAAGAAAGAGCGUCCUCGAGUGGUUCGAGAUGGGUCUUCCUGGGGCGCAUGGGGUGCGGCUCCCCGCAAGGAUGAGAAGAAGUCAUCGAGGGAUUCAAGAGAGGAGAGGAGGUCUAAAGAUUCCGAGAUGAAGCGCCCAAGAACAUCUCGGAAGCCCUCAGAAAGGGACGAGAAGGUCUCCUCGAAAACCUCCUCAUCAGACAGAGAUGACAGGCCACCGAAGUCGCGAGGGCUCUCAGCAAUGUUCGGAAGCGCACCGCCGGUUUCGAGAUCCAAAUCCGUGUCUGAGAGGCGAACGAGCACUAGCGGCAGGACGAGUUCGCGACGGCAAUCAGUAGCCGGAACGGGUCUCAUAUCUCCACCGCCGGAUGACAUGAAGAGUCCGCCGGAAAUGUCGUCGAAAGCAGCCAAGAUGCUGGGUGUCACCCCAGAGAAGCCUUCUCGUAGCAAAUCUGAAAGGAAAAGCAAGUCACGUGGUGAGUUUCCGUCACAUAUUACGACUUGGCUGUGCAGACUGACACUGUUAAUCAAGGUCUUGAUGACGACGAUAUAGUAAUGGUUGAUAAUGGUGAUGUUCAUGUCAGCCAAGAGAAGGCGAGCCGCAGGAGAAAAUCCAAGGUAAUCCCAACCCCAAUUUUCCAUCCGCCUCAGCGGUUCAACCUGCCGUACCUAG